AUGGAAGGUGGUGGUUCUUUUAAGGGAAAAACCAUGUAUGAUGAUGAAGGCCAACUAGAGGCUCGAUACCGAGGUGUCCGAAGGCGGCCAUGGGGUAAAUAUGCAGCUGAGAUUCGCGACCCAAAUAAAAACGGGCAGAGAAUAUGGCUUGGUACAUUUGACACAGCUGAGGAUGCGGCUCGUGCUUAUGAUCAAGCGGCUUUCAACCUUCGAGGUCAUCUUGCCACCCUCAAUUUUCCAGCUGAGUACUUGUCUAAACUCCCCGAACCCCCUUCGUACAAGCCUUCAUCAAAGUCUUAUUCGCCUUCUUCAGGAGGUUCUUCAUCCGUCGGAAAAGACAAACAAGUAAUUGUACUUGAGUACUACGAUGAUCGUCUAUUACAGCAACUGCUUCAUGACACUUCAAUGGACAGUAAUAAAUAACCCUUUAUUUUCAAA